AUGGUUGCUGAGCAAUCUCCCCUUCCUGACCUUCUCCGCGUCGUUACAGGUCAUAAUGAUAAGGGCCUUGCCAUGAUUCGAAGCGAAGACCGUAUUUCAUCUAAAGGAAGCAUCGCAUUCCCUGGUGUCAUGAGCGGGGCCAUCUGGGUGACGGAUUCGAUGCCUGUGAACGACAAUAAUGACCAAGCAGAUGGUGCUGAUAAGACUCCGAAUGGAGAUCUCGGGAUCGUCAUGCGGAGUGGGACUAAUUUUCGUUACACUGACUUGGCCCCUGGAGCAACCGCAGCACCGCACCGCACCGCUUCCCUUGAUUACAAUGUGCUCAUCCAAGGCAAGCUGAUAUUAAUUCUGGAGGACGGUACCGAUAGAACGUUUGAAACACCGGGAGACGUUGUUGUACAACGAGGGACAAUUCACGGAUGGAAGAAUCCUGGUCCAGAGUGGACGCGAUGGAUCACAAUCCUCGUUGAUGCGCGGCCUCCUGUAGUGGACGGUCAUGCCCUACCUUUCGAGGUUCGCUUACCGUCAGCAGCAUAG